AUGGAGGAGAGAAGGAAGGAGUUCCUAUGCAAGCUUACAGUAACUGAGUAUGAGCGAGAAUUUGUUAGACUUAGUAAGUAUGCCAUACAAAUAGUUCCUAUAGAGGAAGAAAGAUGUAAAUGCUUUGAGCAAAGAUUACAUGUUGAUAUCAGGAUGUAUCUUCCUCUUGAAACCCUAAGACAGAACCUUAGAACAUAUUUAAAGAUCUCAAAGAGGCCAUCCAAGGCAGAUUGGGACAGCAACUCAUCAACACACCAUUCGGCCAAGGCUCUCCAAGGCUUCUCCACUUCGAUAGGCAAGACAAAGGUUUUCCUCAGAGCUGGUCAGAUGGCUGAACUGGAUGCAAGAAGAGCAGAGGUGCUUGGAAAUGCAGCUAGAACAAUUCAAAGACAAAUCCGCACAUAUAUCGCACGCAAGGAAUUUAUUGCAUUACGGCAAACUGCUAUUUUCCUGCAAUCUCAUUGCCGGGGUGUAUUGGCUCGCAAAAUAUUCGAGCAGUUGCGAAGGGAAGCAGCAGCUUUGAAGAUUCAGAGGAAUUUCAAACGAUAUACUGCCAGGAAAUCCUACUUGACUCUAUACUUGUCUGCAGUCACAUUGCAGACAGGCUUAAGGGCAAUGACUGCUCGUGAUGAAUUCAGAUUCAGAAAACAAACUAAAGCUGCAAUUGCUAUACAGGCACAAUUGCGUCGCCAUAUAGCCUAUUCUUAUUAUAAGAAGCUUCAAAGGGCUGCAUUAACUUCUCAAUGUGGCUGGAGGAGAAGGGUUGCUCGGAGAGAGCUUAGAAAGCUUAAAAUGGCUGCAAGGGAAACAGGUGCUCUUAAAGAAGCAAAAGACAAAUUAGAGAAGCGUGUGGAAGAGCUGACAUGGAGGUUGCAAUUGGAGAAGAGAUUGAGGACUGAUUUAGAAGAGGAAAAAGCCCAAGAAAUUGCCAAGUUACAGGAUGCUCUGCAUGCAAUGCAAAUGCAAGUAGAAGAAGCAAAUGCUAGAGUUAUCAAAGAACGAGAGGCAGCCCGGAAAGCUAUUGAAGAGGCACCUCCAGUCAUUAAGGAGACCCCUGUUCUUGUCCAAGACACAUUAAAGGUCGAACAGUUAAUGGCUGAGGUACAGAGUUUGAAGGCUUCACUGCUAUCAGAAAGACAGGCAGCAGAAGAAGCAAGGAAAGCUUGUAAAGAUGCUGAUGCCAGAAACUCAGAACUGAGCAAGAAACUCAUAGAUUCACAGCAAAAGGUGGAUCAACUUCAGGAAUCAGUGCAGAGGUUAGAGGAUAAACUUUCCAACUCAGAGUCAGAGAAUCAAGUGCUUCGCCAGCAAGCACUUACCAUUUCACCAACAGGGAAAUCUUUAUAUGGGCGGCCAAAAUCAAUAAUUUUACAGAGGAACCCAGAGAAUGGAAAUGUUGCAAAUGGAGAACCAAAGGAUAUGGUGGUUGCUGUAUCAAAUGUACGCGAACCUGAAUCUGAGGAGAAACCACAGAAAUCUCUCAAUGAAAAGCAGCAGGAGAACCAGGAUCUACUGAUCAAGUGUAUAUCACAAAAUUUGGGAUUCUCAGGAGGCAAACCAGUUGCUGCUUGCAUCAUUUACAAAUGUCUUCUUCACUGGAGGUCAUUUGAAGUUGAAAGGACUAGUGUGUUUGACUGUAUUAUUCAAACAGUAGCUUCAGCUAUAGAGGUCCCAGAUAACAAUGAUAUCUUAGCCUAUUGGUUAUCAAAUUCAUCCACAUUGUUGCUGCUGCUCCAACACACACUCAAAGCAAGUGGGGCAGCUAGCUUGACACCACAACGGCGGAGAACAGCAUCAGCUUCUCUCUUUGGGAGGAUGUCUCAAGGGCUACGGGCAUCUCCUCAAAGUGCUGGACUCUCAUUCCUUAAUGGUCGAACACUUAGUAGACUGGAUGAUUUACGACAGGUUGAAGCCAAGUAUCCAGCAUUACUGUUUAAGCAACAGCUUACUGCCUUCCUUGAAAAGAUAUAUGGAAUGAUAAGGGACAAUUUGAAGAAAGAGAUAUCUCCAUUGCUUGGUUUAUGCAUUCAGGCACCAAGAACUUCCCGGGCUAGCUUAGUAAAAGGACGCUCUCAGGCUAACGCUGUUGCUCAGCAAGCUUUAAUUGCUCAUUGGCAAAGCAUUGUGAAAAGCUUAAACAGUUGUUUGAUGAUAAUGAAGGCAAACUAUGUCCCUCCCUUCUUAAUGCGUAAAGUUUUCACUCAAAUAUUCUCAUUCAUCAAUGUUCAGUUGUUCAAUAGUCUUCUUUUGCGGCGUGAGUGUUGCUCAUUCAGUAAUGGAGAAUAUGUGAAAACAGGUUUGGCUGAAUUAGAGCAGUGGUGCUAUGAAGCAACCUCAGAAUUUGUAGGCUCGGCAUGGGAUGAAUUGAAGCAUAUAAGACAGUUAGUAAUUGAUUAGAGGACGUUCCCUAAUUGAUUUAAUCAUAAGGAGAGACAUGGUGGUGAGAAGCGUUUUCCACCUCCAUAACUAAUCUAUUGAAUCGAUCAAGAGAACAUAAG